CGCGGCCGCCCGGGGGGAGCCCGGCCCGGGCUGGGGGGGCAUGGCGCUCAGCUCCCGGGCUCACGCCUUCUCGGUGGAAGCGCUCGUGGGCCGCUCGCACAAGAGGAAGGGACCCGACGGCCGCGACGAGGAGAGCGGGGCGGGCUGCAGGCAGAGCCGCAGAGCCCCCGAGCCCGAGAAGCGGCCCAAGGCCGGCGCCGAGAACCGGGAGGUGGGGGACGAGGUGCAGGUGGAGCUGCAGGGCUCCGAGCUCUGGAAGAGGUUCCACGAGAUCGGCACCGAGAUGAUCAUCACCAAGGCCGGCAGGCGGAUGUUCCCAUCGGUCAGGGUGAAGGUGAAGGGGCUGGAGCCGCUGCAGCAGUAUUACAUCGCCAUUGACGUUGUGCCAGUGGACUCCAAACGUUACAGGUACGUCUACCAUAGCUCGCAGUGGAUGGUGGCGGGGAACACGGACCACUCCUGCAUUACACCACGGCUCUACAUCCACCCUGACUCCCCCUGCUCGGGUGAAACAUGGAUGAGGCAAAUCAUCAGCUUCGACCGGGUGAAGCUCACCAACAACGAGAUGGACGACAAGGGGCACAUCAUCCUGCAGUCCAUGCACAAGUACAAGCCUCGCGUCCACGUUAUCGCCCAGGACUCCCGCUUCGACCUGGCGCAGAUCCAGUCUCUGCCGGCUGAGGGGGUGCGCACCUUCUCCUUCCAGGAGACCGAGUUCACCACGGUGACAGCCUACCAGAACCAGCAGAUCACCAAGCUGAAGAUCGAUAGGAACCCCUUCGCCAAAGGCUUUCGGGACCCCGGCAGGAACAGGGGAGUGCUGGACGGGCUCCUGGAGCCGUUCCCAUGGCGGCCACCGCUCGCCCUGGACUUGAAGGCCUUCAGCGCAGACAGCCAGGGCAGCAGCUCCAGCUCUUCCCCGGUGACCUCCAGCGGUGGGACGCCCUCUCCGCUCAACCCGCUGCUCUCCCCUCCGUGCUCACCUCCCUCCUUCCACCUGGCUGUGAGCGCUGCCAGCGUGCCGUGCCCUGAGCCCCACCUGCCCGGCCUCGGCGUGCCCCUCUGCUACCGGCUGUGCCCCGCCAACCUCCUCCGCCAGCAGCCCCUCAUCCUCCCCAGCCACCAGAAGCCGGGCGGCCCCAGUCCCCACGUCCUGCCCCACCUCGUGGUCGAUGUGCCCAAGCUCUCCUCCCUCGGCAUCGCCGGCCUGAAGAGCACCAAAUCCGAAGACCUGAGCGGGCCGUGUCUGCAGGUCCCCAGCUCCGCCAGCCAAAUGCUGUAUGGAUUACACGCAUCUGGAAACAUUUUCCCAUCGAGUCCCAUUGCUCGGGAAGCACUUAAUUGUUCCUUACAUCCUCCAUAUGGUUUGUACGGCUACAGCUUCUCCGUGCCAUCCAGACUGACGAGCGCGGCGAGCCAUUUCGGAGUGAGUGACAGCCUGCCCGCUGCCUUCAGGGACGGCCGGUGCAAUCACCCCAGCUGGCACUCAGCAAUUAACCACUGCCUUUAGCGGGAUGCUGUCAUGUUUCCGAGCGUCGGUAUGUAACGCAAGCCCAUUCCCCGGUCGGCCCCACGGGCUUGCUAAUUGCUGAGUACGAAACACGGCGCGGUGCAGGAGCGGGCUGGUGGGUGUUUAAUUUGAGGGUAGAGGUGCAGUAUUUUUGGGACCACGGAGGGCUGUGGCGGUCCAAGCAAGCUGAGUGAUGUUUGUGUAGGAUCGUAGGGAAGUCACCUCUUUACUGUUUGCACUCUGAAGCGGGAACGUAGACGUCUGCAUUUCCACAAGUAUGUUUUCCUGAAACGAUCUAGCCUCCCUGCAGUCAGCUCCGAGCCCCGCCAGCUCCUGCUCAUCCCCCCUGAGGAUUUCCCCUAAUUCCAAAGGGGCCCUCUGAGAGCGUGGGUCGGCGGAGGAGCUGCCCGCAGCUGGGGGCUGGAGCGUGCUCACGCGUUGACUCGGAGCUGGUCAACCCCAUGGAAGUGCCUUGACGCUGCGGGACCUGCAUGGCAAUGCGGACGUAGAUUCAAGGCUCUGGUGCCACAUUAAGGACACAGAGCCCCGUGCAGGGCUGCCCAGAGCUGUCCCCACGUGUCCCGCAGCGCUGGGGGCAAUGAGAGCAGAGGGGACACCCCCAGGAGCUACAGAGGACAGGGACUGCACAGAGUUACGGACACCCCUCCCGCAGUUCCCACUUGUUUUAUUAUUCACCUGUGAAUAAUUGCGUUGUUCCUGUAAGCAAUCUCCACUCCCGGGGCACGGAUUACGUCCGCUCCUCGAAGCCACUUCUGUUACCUUUCCUACGACGGAUUUGAUACAAAGUGCCUGGCGGGGACCUGCCGUAUAUCUGGGAUUAAGCAAAGAGAAUUCUGUAUCUACAAACAUAACGCAGCAAUAUGUAGGGAUUAAACGUAGGUUUAAAAAAGCAAAA